CACACAAACACACGGGUGGGCGUGGCGGUGACUCAGUGUGACUCGGUGGCGAAACGUGAUGGAAUCGGAGACGCCGGUCCAGACCGUGACGGAGCGAGACCAAUGGAUGGUGGAAAACGAAGUCUUUCAGAUUUACAACUUCUUCGCCAACGCUCCCCGCGACGUGAAAUCCCAGAUGCUGAAGCUUCGUCGUGAUCGGCAUUUGGAGUACCUUGAUCGAGGUCUCAGAUUUCUCGGUCCCUCAUUUUGCGUAUUGGAUGCCAAUCGACCUUGGCUGUGCUAUUGGAUCAUCCACUCAAUUGCUUUACUAGGGGAGUCUCUUGAUACCGAAAUGGAAAGCAACACGAUUGAUUUCUUACGCCGUUGUCAGGACCAGGAUGGUGGAUAUGGUGGUGGACCUGGGCAGAUGCCACAUCUUGCAACAACCUAUGCUACUGUCAAUUCACUUAUUACUGUGGGUGGUCAUGAAGCUUUGUCUUCAAUUAAUAGAGAUAAACUGUACACGUUUCUGCAGCGAAUGAAACACCCAAGUGGGGGCUUCAGGAUGCAUGAUGGCGGAGAAAUUGACGUUCGUGCCUGCUAUACUGCCAUUUCGGUUGCAAGUAUUCUGAACAUUUUGGAUGAUGAAUUAGUUCAGGAUGUUGGAAAUUACAUCUUAAGUUGUCAGACUUUUGAAGGUGGAAUUGCUGGAGAACCCGGAUCAGAAGCUCACGGUGGGUACACCUUUUGUGGCUUGGCUACAAUGAUUCUGAUCAAUGAGGUUGAACGUCUGGACCUGACCCGUUUAAUUGAUUGGCUGGUAUUUCGACAAGGAAGGGAGGGUGGAUUUCAAGGGAGAACCAAUAAAUUGGUUGAUGGUUGCUAUUCCUUUUGGCAGGGGGGUGAUUUUGCUUUAUUUCGGAAACUUGGUGAACUUAUUGAUGAACAACUGGUGACGUCCGACGCCAGAGGACAUUGCAGUAUUGAUAGCCCACACACUGCUGCAGUAUCUGGUACAUUUGAAGGGGAAGAAAGCCUGGAAGAAACUUCUUCCCAAGUUGACAAGACUCGCCAUAGGCAGGAAGAAAUUUUGGCGUUGGAAAAGAGACCACAAUCCAUAGAAAUGAAAAAAGGCCCAUCUUGA